CUGGAUGGUUGGAUCCGGGAGAAGGUGCUGAUGGCGGGGGACCCCCUCCCGGGACCCCCCCCCGCGCCCCCCCAAGCCCUGGCUGAAGCACCAGGCCUUCAUGGCCGAGCUGGCGCAGAAUAAAGAGUGGCUGGAGAAGAUCGAGAAGGAAGGUGAAGAACUUCUCCUGGCCAAACCCGAAUUAACCGGUGCCGUUCGGCGCCAACUGGAAGAGCUCCGGCAAUGUUGGGUAGAGUUGGAGACCACCAGCCAAGCCCGGAGCCGGCGGUUGGCGGAAGCCGCCGCUGCCGAGCGCUUGGCACGGAGCUACGCCGACAUGGAGGCACGACUGGGGAGGCUGGAGGAGCAACUGGAGACGGUGGGGGCAGGAGCCGACCUCCUCAGCGUUAGCCGGCAGCUCAAGAGGUUGCAGACGAUGGAGUCGCAGGUGGAGGAGUGGUCCAAGGAGGUGGGGGAGCUGCAGGUGCAGGCGGCGGCGCUGCCGGCGCAGGCAGCGGGCAGGCAGGGGGUGGGCGAACGGCAGAGCGCGGUGGGCACCCGCAUCGUCCGCCUCAUCGAGCCCCUCAAGGAACGGAGGAGAAUCCUCCUGGCCUCCAAGGAGGUCCAUCAGGUCAGCCACGAGCUGGAGGACGAGGUGCUGUGGGUCCAGGACCGCCUGCCCUUGGCCACUCUGAAGGACCACGGCACCAACCUGCAGACGGUCCAGCAGUACAUCAAGAAGAACCAGAACCUCCGCCGGGAGAUCCAGGUCCACCGACCUCGGGUGGACGAGGUGUUGGAACGCGCCGGAGCCGUCGCUUCCAUUAAAAGCCCCGAAGCCGAAGGCGUCCGAAGGCUCCUGGAGCGGUUGGGGACGUUGUGGGGGGAGCUGCAGGAGCAGGCGGAGCGACGGCAGCAGACCUUGGACGCCACCUACCAACUGGAGCAAUACUACUUCGACGUGGCCGAGGUGGAGUCGUGGUUGGGCGAGCAGGAGCUGCUCUUGAUGAGCGAAGAGAAGGGGAAGGAUGAGCAGAGCACCCUCCAACUCCUCAAGAAGCACCUCUUGACGGAGCAGACGGUGGAGAACUACGAGGAGACCAUCGCCCAACUCUCCCGCCAGUGCCGGGCCCUUCUGGAACUUGGCCACCCUCAAAGCGAACAGGUCAGCAGGCGGCAGUCGCAGGUUGACCGGCUGUACGUGUCUCUGAAGGACCUGGUGGAGGAACGCAAGGCCAAGCUGGAGCAGCAAUACUGGCUCUACCAGCUCAACCGGGAGGUGGACGAGCUGGAGCACUGGAUCGCCGAGAAGGAGGUGGUGGCCGGCUCCCCCGAGCUGGGACAGGACUUCGAACACGUCACGUUGCUCCAGGAGAAGUUCCUGGAGUUCGCCAGCGAGACGGGCAGCGUGGGGCAGGAGCGAAUCGCCGCCGUCAACCAAAUGGUGGAUGAGUUGAUCGACUACGGCCACGCCGACGCCGCCACCAUCGCCGAAUGGAAGGACGGGGUGAACGAAGCUUGGGCAGAUCUUCUGGAGCUGAUGGAGACCCGGGCGCAGAUGUUGGCGGCUUCUCACGAAUUGCACAAGUUCUUCAACGAUUGCAAAGAGGUUUUGGGGCAAAUCGAGGAAAAAAGGCAACGCCUGCCUGAACUGGCAGCCCGGGAAGGCAGGGCGUCGGCCGGCGCCUUGCAACGGGCGUUGGGUGCCUUCGAGCACGACGUGGAGGUGUUGGUGACCCAAGUGCGGCAGCUACAAGAGGGUGCGGCACAGUUGAGGACGCUCUACGCCGGGGACAACGCCGAGGCCAUCGCCGGGAGGGAGCAGGAGGUUCUACGGGCGUGGAAGGAGCUGUUGGCGGCGUGCGAGGAGUGUCGGCUCCAUGUCGCCAGCGUGGCCGAUAAGAUCCGCUUUGUCGGCACCGUGAGGGACCUUCUCGCCUGGAUGGACGGCGUCCUCUGCCAGAUCGGCGCCGGAGAGAAGCCCAGGGACGUCUCCUCGGUGGAGCUGCUGAUGAACGACCACCAGGGUCUCAAGAACGAGAUCGAAGCCCGUGGCAAGAGCAUCGCCGCCUGCCUGGAGCUGGGCAAGACCCUCAUCCUCAGCAAGAGCCCGGCGGCCGACGAGAUCAAAGCCCACGUGGAGAAGCUGCUGGCCAAGAAGAAGGAGAUGAUGGAGAAGUGGGACAAGCACUGGGAGUGGUUGCAACAGAUGCUGGAGGUGCACCAGUUCGCCCAGGAGGCGGUGGUGGCCGACGCCUGGCUGACGGCCCAGGAGCCCCUGCUGAAGAGCCAGGAGUUGGGCAGCAGCGUGGACGAGGUGGAACAGUUGAUCCGAAGGCACGAAGCGUUCCGGAAAGCGGCCGCCGCGUGGGAGGAGAGGUUCAGCUCCCUCCGACGCCUCACCACGAUCGAGAAGCUGAAGGCCGAGCAGAACAAGCAGCCGCCGACGCCCCUCCUCAGCCGCAAAUUUUUGGGGGAACCCCCGGGGGGGGGGACAACGCCGUCACCGGGGGGCACCGAGCGCCCCGAAAGCCGCCGCCUGGAGCCCCGCGUCGCCUACGUGCGCCACGAGCUCCGGCCCGAGCGCCUGCAGCCCAAGCUUGACCGCGUCCAGGCACCUCCCGGUGACGGCGGGGCUGGGGGGGAGCCACCCCCCGCCACCGCUGCCACCGAGCCCCCAGUGCCCCCCAAAACCGAGGAGAGCGGGGAGGGGAGGACGGGGCUGCUGGAACGGCGCCGGGAACGACGCGAGCGGCGGUUGGAGCGGCAGGAAUCCAGCGAGCCGGAGCCGCCGCGCCACGAAGGCAAAGGCGGCGGCAAAGCCACGUUGGCUGACAUCGUGGAGCAGCUGCAGGAGAAGGAGGCUGGUGGCCCCUUGCCAGCUCCGCCCCGCGAGCGGGAGUCCCCCGCCCGCUUGCCCACCGGUCCUGAGGGGCUACCGGAACGGAUGCCGCGCCCCGACCGUCCCCGCGCCCGGGACCGUCCCAAACCCCGCCGACGCCCGCGACCCAAAGACACCUCCCAGGGCCCGGGGGAGACGCGGAGGUCAAGGUCGGCCCCGGCGCAGGGCAGCGCCCCCCCGCCCCCGCCGCCCCCCACCCACACGGUGCAGCACGAGGGCUUCCUCUUCCGCAAGCACGAGCUCGAUGGCCCCAACAAGAAGGCGUCCAACAGAUCCUGGGUGAACCUCUACUGCGUCCUGAGCAAGGGUGACCUCGGCUUCUACAAGGACGCCAAGGGACAAGCGGCCGGGACCACCCACGGUGGUGAACCCCUCCUCAACCUCCACCACUCCACCAGCGAGGUGGCCAGCGACUACAAGAAGAAGAAGAACGUCUUCAAGCUCAAGACCAGCGAUGGCAGCGAGUUCCUCCUGCAAGCCAAGGACGAGGAGGACAUGCGGGGGUGGCUGAAGGCGCUGGCCACCUGCGCCCAGGAACACGCCGAGGUGGCCCGGUGGAGCCAAGGUCUUCUCACCACCUCCUCCACCGACGAGGGCCUCCCCCGGCGGGGAGGGCGACCGGCGCCCCAGCACCUCGGGGAGGCGGAAGUGAACACCCCCCCCGCCCCCCAAAACCCCCCCCAUUUCUGGGGGGGGGACACUUGA